GGUUGGGUGAUUCCUCUGAAGGAGUUUUGUCAAGGACCCGCUGUUUGAGACUACAGAGCAGAGGAGAGGAGAAGAGAGGAGGAGGAGGGGGUUAUGGACGCUGCGCACAAAUACCAAAAUAGGAUCGAGCUGCCUGCCUGCGACUGUCCUGCGUGAGCUAAAUUGAGGCUCAUGUGUGGUGAAGACGGGAGAGCUUGAGGACAGUGGAAGGAGAGAGAGAGAAAAAAAAGCUCGAGUCAUUCAUGGAAAUAGGAUAUCAUGUCACAUAAACAAGCCGAAAUCUACACAUAUGACUUCUGUGAUGGUGACCAUCCGGCAGAGCUCCUGGAUGCGCUCAGGCACUUCUACAUUAGCGGGCUGUUUACCGAUGUCGCUCUGCAGUGUGGCGAGUCCGGACAGGUGUUUCACUGCCACAAGGCGCUGCUGUCAGCCCGCAGCUCCUAUUUCAAAGUCAUGUUCACAGCUGACAUGAAGGAGAGAUCAAACAGCGUCAUCAAACUGAGCGGCAUAGACUACGGGGUGCUGGGUGCUCUGGUGGACUAUGUGUACACUGCUCAGGUGUGCAUCACUGAGAGCAACGUGCAGAGCCUGCUAGAGGCUGCAGAUCUGCUGCAGUUCGUUUCUGUGAAGCAAGCAUGUGAGGAGUUUCUCAUUCGCCUCCUGGAUGUGGACAACUGCCUGGGCAUGCACGCUUUCGCUGAGCUGCACCUGUGCCCUGGGCUGGAAAGGGAGGCACGCAGAGUGAUGCUGAGCAGGUUCCCGGAGCUCAUUCAGCAAGAGGAGUUUCUAGAUCUGCACCCUGAGAAGAUGAGAGAAGUCUUGGCUGUACAGAGCCUCACUGUGCAGAAAGAUGAAGUGUUGAUAGAUGCUGUCGCCACAUGGGCAAACCAUGACUUAGAUAAUCGCAUACACCACGUUUCAAUUAUGCUACACUCCAUCCAUCUGGAUCUGGAUGAGAUUUACUUUAAGACCACGUUAGACGUGUAUAGACAAUACUUAAAGAAGAAUGAUGGGAAAUUGAAAUCUAUAAUCAUCCAGGCUUUAAGGUCAAAUGGAAAAGAGAUACCUGCGGCUAGAAAAAUGUCUGCCAACAUGUAUAUCAUUGGAGGGUACUAUUGGCACCCUCUUUGUGAAGUCCACAUCUGGGAUCCUGUCAGCAACACAUGGGUGCAAGGAAAGGACAUGCCCAACCAUGCAAGAGAGAGCUACAGCGUCAGUUUACUUGGUGCAAAUAUCUAUGUGACAGGUGGCUACAAGACAAACACUGUUGAGGCCCUGGACACUGUUUCAAUUUAUAACUGUGACUGUGAUGAAUGGACCGAGGCCUGCCCCAUGAUUACAGCCAGGUACUACCAUUGCUCUGUGGCGUUGCACGGCUGCAUCUAUGCCAUUGGAGGCUACCGGGGAGGAGCUCCCGAACGAGACACCGAAUUUUAUGAUCCUUUAAAAAAGAAAUGGUUCCCUGUGGCCAAAAUGAUCCAAGGUGUAGGAAAUGCUACUGCGUGUGUAAUGGGAGAUAAAAUCUAUGUAACCGGAGGUCAUUAUGGCUACAGAGGAAGCUGCACCUAUGAAAAAACACAGGUGUACAGACCAGAUGUCAACGAGUGGAGCAUCAUUACAAUAAGUCCCCAUCCAGAGUACGGGCUGUGUUCUGUGUCUCUCAACAACAAGCUGUAUGUGGUGGGCGGACAGACGACGAUUGCCGACUGCUACGACACAGAGAGAGACGAGUGGAGACCGAUAUCGGUGAUGAAGGAGAGGAGGAUGGAGUGUGGGGCUGUGGUAAUAAAUGGUUGUAUUUACGUAUCAGGUGGAUACUCGUACUCCAAAGGGACUUACCUUCAAAGCAUUGAGAAAUAUAACCCUGAGCUGGAUUCGUGGGAGAUAGUGGGGACUCUCCCCAGCCCGACCAGGUCACAUGGCUGUGUUUGUGUUUAUGGUGUUUAGUGACACAAAUUUUUGUUUACUGAUUAUUUUGUGCCAAAUGGAUCUAACAGUGACUUCACUGAAGAGAGCUAAUAUUCCACACUUCAUAUUUAUCUCACAGCAUGUCAGCCUGCACCAGAUCCUUUAGGAAGCUAUUUGCCAAACUGUGAAUAUAGUGAUGAAUACCAGCUUUUCAUACAAAACUCAGGGGCCUCAUGUUGAAUGUUUUUUGUUUGUUUGAUUGUUUGUUUAAAAUAGACCGAAAAGAAAUGCAAAAAAAGAGAAGAUGACAUUUUAUAAUCUAAUAAGUAUUAUUUAAA